CUGUCCCGUAGCGGGUCCCAGUUACAUCGCGGAAACCGCUGCCGAGACUCGCGGCUCUGCUCUCUUAUCCCCGAUCUCCGCCUGUCUCCGAGGUGCAUCGCUCGCUCUCCUCCGCGAGUCGCCGCGAGUCGCCGCGAGUCGCCGCUCGACCGUGGCAUCGUCGCCUUCGCGCACGCAUCGCUCCCGCGAGUCUCGCACGCCCACAGGUCGGCUAUCGGGAGCAGGCGGCCGACGCGCAGCCUCGCGAUCGACGACGGCUCGAGCUGACGCGCUGAAAUUUAUUUGCGUCGACGUCGCCAGUCCGCGGCUCGAUUACCCGAGCCAGUUCGUUCCUCGCGCCCGACUCGAUCGACGAGGCGCGUUAUCGCGCACCGCGGCCACUGCAUUCGAGGUCAGGUCUAACGCUCGGUUCUUUUCAGUUUGCAGCCAAUUCGGACGGCGAUCGCGCCGAUCUGCGAGCUCGCCCGCAAGCUAUAGCGCACUAAUCACGCAGGGGUGGAGGAGGAGGUGGUGGUGGUGGAGCUCGACACUGCGCCGUUCGCAAAGGAAGCGACCAUCGCCGAGACGCGGCUCAGACCACAAGUCGAGGCUCGAGCUUGCUUCCGUAUUUUCUCCUAUCAAGACUAUAAUGGACCUUCGAGAUUAGUUACUUCGGAGCACAAGGAUAGACGAGAGAAGCUGCCAGCGGCAAUCCAAAUAUCAAUUUCCCUCGGCAGGCACAUUAAAAAUUACCUCCGAAAAUGAACAACAGUGCCUUACACAUCAACAACAUGGCGAAUGAAUCCAGUACUUCAUUAUUAAAGUUUUAUAAUCGUAUUUUUUGGGAUCUUUCAGAUCCUCGAACAAGGAAUUGGUUCCUAUUGUCAUCACCAUUGCCUGGCUUGGCUAUAUUAACCACAUACUUAUACUUUGUGUUAUCAUGGGGUCCGCGUUACAUGGAGCAACGCAAGCCUUUUGUACUAAAGAAAACUCUAGUCAUCUACAAUUUCUUCCAGGUGUUACUUAGUUUUUGGCUUUUUUACGAAGGUCUCGAUGGUGCAUGGCUUCGACACUAUAGUUGGAAGUGCGAACCUGUUGAUUUCUCUAAUUCGCCACACGCGAUGAGGGUGGCAAGAGGAGUUUACAUUUAUUUCUUAGCAAAGUUGACGGAGCUUUUAGAUACGGUAUUUUUUGUACUUCGUAAGAAGGACAAUCAAAUAACUUUUCUGCAUAUGUAUCAUCAUACUGUGAUGCCAAUGAUCUCUUGGGGUGCGGCAAAAUAUUAUCCCGGUGGCCAUGGAACAUUCAUCGGUGUGAUCAACAGCUUCGUUCAUAUAAUAAUGUACACGUAUUAUAUGCUUGCUGCUGUUGGACCGCAGUUACAAAAAUAUCUCUGGUGGAAAAAAUACAUUACAACGCUACAAAUGGGCCAGUUUUGCUUAGCGUUCCUGCACAGCUUCCAGUUAUUAAUUUACGACUGCGACUAUCCAACCUGGUCACUCGUCUUUAUCUUGCCCAACGCCAUAUUCUUUUACCUACUGUUCUCCGAAUUCUACAACAAAGCUUACAAAGAUGAGCAAGUAGCUGCCAAGAAAAAGAAAGACGAUGAAGAAGACGAUUCUCGAUUAAAAAUGUCUAAUGGCUUAACGUUGAACAGUAGUAAUUUUAAUGGACAGUCAGUGAGUAAUUUCAAACGUGUGAUGCAGAACGGAACCUCAAAAGAAUUGUUAAAGACUGUGUCCAAUGAAAAAUUGAAAUCGAUUUGAAAACUUGAUAAUUUCGUAUUUAAGUAAGUGAUAAUAUGUACAGAAAUAUCAUGCUGAAGUACGAAUUGUCAACUAAACAUGUAUCUACAAUGUGUACCAAAAAUGCUGCAACUUUGCAAAUUACCAAAUCAUCGUGCAUUCGAAACAUGUUUUCAAUUUGUGGUGAUAAUGAAGUUCAAUUAUUUUGUUCAAUAGUUACGAACUAUAUUUUCCAAAUCUGACUGAUUACAGUCACUUUUUCAACGACAAGAUUUCAAACUUGUGCCCUUACAAUCAGUACGUUUAUUUUCUGCAAUAGUUCUAGUAAUUAGAGAAUGAACGAUUUAAUGUAUUAAUGUUUAUAUGAAAUAAAACGAAAUAUUUUUACUCGUUAAGGAUUUGUUAAUCCUAGUAACCGUCGUUGAGGGUCGGCCCAAGGAAUAAUUCAUUAAUGACUAGUAUUUUCAUUUCAAAACAACAACGUUAUGCUGGCAUUGUUUGCUAGUCUGUUCAUAUUUCCGCAAUAUAAUGAAGUAAUUUGACAAAAACAAUUGGUUUGACAAUCAUGCCAAUGUUUACUUAAAAAUUUUUCAAGAGUGAAAGUUCUAUUGCUUGACCACAAAUAUUGUAACAUCUUUUCUUGUAACGUCGUGCAGAGAGACGUACAGAAUCCCCCUUAAUCUGUAGACAUAUUUUAAGUUUAGAGCCACAUAUUAAUUAAAAAAGAAAUAUUUUUAUUUUAUGAUAGACAUAGAUUGAUGUGAUAAUGUAAAUAUUUUGAAACAUUUAACUAUCUGUAAGACAUAUAACGGCUUAGGGAACACAAACGAGUUUUUUGAGACAACUCUCUAACUGUAAAAUUAAUUACACUAUUCAGGAUUGAUUCAUUAAUAAUAAUGUAUCAAACGGAUAGAAUAUAAUUUAUCUGGUUAAGAUAAAUUGACGUUUUGAGUUGCAAAAUAAGCAUUAUUCAUUUAUGUAUAAAUAGGUGUUGACUUUUAUCAAGUAAAUGGUUUUGUCAAUAGAAAUCAUUAUUUAUCAAUUACUACUCAAAAUUUUAAACGUAACAAGUUGAUAUUUGGUUUGUAUUUUAAAAUUAUAUAUGUAUACGCACGACAUGUGAUAGAUAUCAUGAAUUUAUGAAUUUUAUUUACUGUUACUAGAUGAGAAAUAUCUAAAUAAAUAUUAUAAACUUGGGAAAUGGAUACCUUCUUUUCGACUUGCAUUGAAUUAAAUUUUUAAAUUUAAUAACUUUAGAGUGUUUAAUAAACAAAGGGUACUGAACCUGAUACUAAAUUUAGCGUGUUUUAUGGAAACAUCAAUUUAUUUACAAAUUGAAAUAUCUACAUACAGAGAAACUAAUAUGUUUUAGUUUUUAUCUUAUCAAAAGAUAACAAUCAAUACAAAGACUUUUG